ACUAUAACUGGAAGAGAUGGCUGGCAGCAGCUUAUAUGAUUGAUUUGGAGUUGUAUUGGUUUCAAACAUGGAAGUUGAUUUCAAGUAAACAAUUGCAAGUUGCAGUGCAAGCAGGACGCGUUGAUUCUUCUCUACUGGUCAACCAAAGAAAAUCCAAGUGAUUGAUUCAAAUGGAAACCUAUGCUUGUAUACGUACGUUUGUAUGUAUUCCAAGCAGCCAGUAAGUAAGUUCCCUCAUAUUUUAAUUACAUCGUAUUCCUUACUCCUUCGCCUUCCUUUAUUCCUUUGCUUUCACAAAUGGAAAUUUGACAACACACACGCCGGCGCACAUCUAUUAAGGUAACUCCCCACAAUUUUAAUCACUUGUCUCUUUCUUCUUUGGAUAUGCAUUUUAGUUGACAGGUUGAUUGUACUUGUUUGAUGCUUUGAAGCUAUUGUUGGUUGAUUGUUGUCAUACAAGGAAGGCGAGUGCCAUGUGCUUGUAGAUUAUCUUGCAAACUGUGUCUCUAUGGCGUUCAAACCUUUUUAUGAAAGAAACCUCCAAUCCCCUACUUCUUACAUGGAGGGUGUUGUGGUGAAUACCAAUUGGGAUGAUGUGAUUUGCCCGAUAUGUUUGGAUGUUCCCCACAAUGGUGUACUCCUCCAAUGCACAUCUUACGAGAAAGGCUGCCGUCCUUUUGUUUGUGACACAGACCACUUGCAUUCAAAUUGUUUGGAUCGAUUCAAAAAUGCGAAUGGGAUGUCAUGCCCUUCAACAUCUCAUACAAUUUCUACAACAACAAGCAUUCAGCUAACAGUGUCUGAAGAUGACUGCAAGCCAGCUUGCCCCUUAUGUAGAGGGAAAGUCACCGGAUGGUUUGUUGUUGAUAAGGCUCGUCUACUUCUAGAUAAGAAGAAGCGUUUUUGUGAGGAGGAGCAGUGCUCAUUCGCAGGCACCUACUCAGACCUACAGAAGCAUGCUCAGUUAGAGCAUCCCCAUGCACGUCCUUCAAGAAUAGAUCCUGCUCGGCAGCUUGAUUGGGAAAAUCUUCAGCAGUCCUCUGAGAUAAUAGAUGUUUUGAGCACUAUACAUUCAGAAAUCCCACGUGGGGUGGUUCUUGGGGACUAUGUAAUUGAAUAUGGUGAAGAUGAAUCUGGAGAUGAGUUUGAUGAUUUCCCCGGUGAGGGCAACUGGUGGACCUCUUGUAUUUUAUAUCAGGUGUUUGAUAACUUGAGGAUUUCUAGAAAUAGAAGGAGAUCAAGAGUGACUGAUUCUAGAAGGGGAAAUCGUCGAUCUAGUUAUGCUUUGUCAAAUUCUGAUGAGGGUUCAGUGGCUUCUGUAGAAUAUGCAGAAUAUAGAGUAGAUGAGACUGAUGAUGAGUUUAUAAGCAGAAGUGCCCCCUCCCGAGGUAGCUUUGGCUACCGGAGUUCACCAAGACGUCGCUCCCGCUUUUCUGACAAUUGAAGCGAAGCGUUAAUCGUGUAGAAGUGGAAAGCAAAUUAGACACAUUGGUGCAGGGCCAGCAGAUAGUUUUAGAUUUGAAAACAUGUGAAAAGAAUAUAUGAUUGAACUUCUUAUGGUUGUGGUUAGAUUUGAAUUUCAAAGAAAUGGAAUUUAAAGUUAAA